AUGGGCGGGAAGAGGAGCGAUCGAUUCCUAGCACGGACUCUGCUAAACCUGCGGCUGUGGCACACUGACGUGUUGAUCGUGGAUUCUCACAAUCUUGGCACGAGCACGGUAGCAGCUUCGUUUGCUGAUGCCAGCGUCAAGAACACGUGCACUGCGGCAAUUUCGAAGGACGACGCGAUGGUAACAUGGCGUGCGCCAAUCGCCGUCGGCCGGGAUGCCGCCGAAUUCCGCUGGACGGCUACCGUCCCAGACGGCAGCUUCGACAGUUCCGAAGGAACCGAUCGAGAAUCGAGGGUGUCCUCGAUGCGAACGCGCUGGGUCCAGGCCGUGCUAGGUGCCCACGCAAGCUCGGAGAAGCGGUCAAGCAGCUGGGAGACGAGGACGGCCACAACGGCCUCCGUUCAGCCCAGCUCCGCUAUGUCUUCCAUAGGACGUGCGUGCCUGCCCGGCUAUGGCACGAGCCGCCGGGCUGUCUCCUUUGAGCCGAAAGGACGUCGGAGACAAGUGCCCGUUCUACGGCGAGUACCAGAUUGCGAGCAGGCCACACAGAGCGCCGCUCCUGAGCUGAUGACCGCAGCGGCCUUGGCGACUGCCGAAUGGGCCGGAAAGCGGCCGGAUGUCGAGCAGAGGCGUGCCCAGACGGCAGCCGCCCGGCUGGAGAAGCUGGAGGAAAUGCGGCAAGCCAAGCAGAGAUACCGAGAGCAGGCGAAGGCUUUGGUUGCCGCAACCUGGCGGCCGGAGCCACGUAGUGUGGAAACUGCUGACGUGAUUGAGAGGAGGCGUCGGAUAAACUGCCUCGUCUUUCCAGACACGCAGGCGCAGGAGCAGACUGCUGCGACGCUGCUUGUGCAGGGCACAGCUGGAGAACGACGGCGGCUCGGUGGCGGCAUCGGCACUGGGAGGCUCACGCUCCAAGUGAAGCCACAGCGCAACGUUAGCAGCUUCGCAGAGAUGUUCCAGAAGAGUGUGGGUCAGCAUCCAUACUUCUCCUUCCCAUUCAGCUCAGGCGAGUGGAAGUACUAG